GUGAGUGGAGGUCCGCUGAUCUAAUUCCUCUAACAAUAACAACACCGCAGUGUACAGCGUGUUGAUAUGGGGUUUUGGUUUCUGUUCCUAUACAAAUAAGCAUAAAACAGCUGGGAAUCAGAGGAUUGCAGUGCAAUUGCACCACUGGGGUAACCCAGGAAGCUGAUAAAUUCAAGUGGAAGACUCCAUUUGAGCCAGACUGAGGACACUACCUUGACCAGAACCCUGAAACAGGAAGUAGAGGCUGGAGUGCUGCGGACAGGAAGUAGAGACCCUGAAACAGGAAGUAGAGACUGGAGUGCUGCGGACAGGAAGUAGAGACCCUGAAACAGGAAGUAGAGACGCUGGUGCACCUGGCGCUCAAACACUCGGCAACAUGUCAGAUGCCAUCCUCACUUUCCAAGUGCAGCUCUCCGCUGUCAUGGAGACGGUGCUCAAGUCGGCCAUGUAUGAGAUCACCCGGCUGGUGGAGGACAGCUUCCUGGAGGAAGUGGCUCGGAGCAAACAGGAAGUGGAGGCCUUGAGGCAGAGGCUGCAGUGGUGGGAGAGCCGGCGCAGGGAGCGAGAGAGCGGCGGGCGAGCGAGGUGUGUGGACUGCGGCAGAGCCGGAGUUUCCAGCCAGGAGACGGAGGACCCGCCCUCAGGAACACCGUCCGGAGCCGAAGGAGCCCCUCCUCUUCCUCUCAGUAAGGGCUGUGGAGAGCCAGAGUGGAGCCCUGCUGUGAGGCAGGACACAGCGCCCUCUUCAGACAGCCUCCUGGCAGAGCAGAGCAGCAGAGCGGCCGCCGGGGAGAGCUGUGGCUCGUACGAGUCGCAGGGACAGGAAGGCUCCGCCCGCAGCCUCAGUCUGGCUGGGCCUCAGCGCUGCGGCAGACACUGGCAGCGCCCGGCCUGGACCCCCUUUAAACUCGGGGACAGUGACAGUGAGCCAGACGGGCUGGACCCCUCUUACGCUGCAGAACCAGAGCCAGCCAGUCCGCCGGCCCAGAGGGAGCCGCAGCCCCGCCCGGCUGAGGAGGGGGCGGGGCACAGCGCCUCCCCUCUGCAGUACCUGAAUGUGAAAUGGGAAGGGGGCGUGGCAGACGCGCCGCUCGUUAAAGAGGAGGCGGAGAUGCAGCCCGUGUGCAGUGAGGAGAUGAGAUGGGACGCAGCUCACAGAGAGCCCUGGGACAGAGGAGACCUGCAGGUGCAUCAGUUAUCCGCCACAAACCCACGAGCAAAAAGAGGAAAAACCAAGGUGAAGGACGGGCAGAGAGAGUUCAGCAAUGUUGCCAGGCAGGUACUGACACAGUUCCAGGUUUGGCAGAACCCAUGCUCCAGCAAAAACAUUGACUGGAUUCCAAUAACGGCCAAGAUAAUUUCUGCAUUACCUCAGCUACUUGGUCGGGAAACAGAGGUGGUCGACCGCUGCAAUAAGAUGCUUAAGAACCGGAGGGAGUAUCUCCGCAGGACUGGCCAGGUCACACCUCCGAAUCAUUUAAUCUCCGGAGCCCCGCCUCCAAAAGCAGCCUCCAAUCACGUGCUGAGUUCACGGACACGGUGAUCUGAGGGGGCUGGCGGGCCCCCUGCCCCAGACAAGACUUCAUAUCUCAGACUCUUCAUAUUUCAGACUCUUCAUAUCUCAGACUCUUACCAGAGAUGCCUGAGAGCCAGAGAAUUUCAGGGUGAUGAGAAGACGUUCUAUACCAGAUAGCAAAGGUGGUUUUGUUGACCUUACAUCUUUUUUUAUACCCAACAAUAAACAUUGUGCUUCAUGA